AUGGCUGCGCAGCACAUUCUGCUGUACCCAAACAUUCAGCAAGAUGGAGAACUUCUGAAAUGUGCAGUCAACCUGCUCCACAGUAUACAUGCCAUUGGCAAGUCUGGAAAGAAUGUUUUCAGCAUUGAGGAGAAGGCAUCUGGGCUGGAUUCAAUUGACCCACAUCAUCCAGUUUAUGGGCUCAAGAAAGAUCUCAUCAGGCUGAUCACAAACAUGGUCUAUAAACACAAGGGCAAUCAAGAUUUGGUAAGAACACUUGAAGGAAUCCCGUUACUUUUGGAUCUGACCAGAAUUGACUGCCAUAAUCCUUUUAUAACCCAAUGGGUUGUGCUGGCCAUUCGGAAUUUAGUGGAAAAUAACAGGGAAAACAGAGAUGUCCUUUCUGGCAUGUCCCUUCAGGGGAUGGCCGGUCACAUGGCUGCCUUGCGGGAGGUCGGAGUACACACUGAACUACGCGGUGGGAAAAUUGUAGUCAAGCCAGUGGACGAUUAA